AUGGCGCCAGGUCCGAUAGAACAGCCAGAAUCGGAGCAAACGGAGACGAAACCAGUACCCAAACUGUCCAAGGGUGUUGUACUGGGCCCAGACGGCAAGCCAUGCCGUACCUGCACCGACGUAUCCUCCCUCUUCGCCAUGACAAAAGGCACAACUACCAAGAAGCGCCCCGCCCUCCCCACCGACUGCCCUCCCGAUGUCGCGCAACUAGGCCGCUCCUCUUGGACACUCCUUCACUCGAUCACCGCGCAAUACCCUGAAAACCCGUCUCCCGAAAAGCAAGCUGAGACAAGCACUUUCAUGAGAACGUUCGCAAAGCUAUAUCCGUGUUGGCACUGUGCCGGCGAUUUCCAAGACUGGAUGCAGAACGGGAAUGCGCCGCGGGUGAGCUCGCGGGAGGAAUUUGGACGCUGGAUGUGCGAGGCGCAUAAUGCAGUGAAUGUAAAGUUGGGCAAGAGUGUGUUUGAUUGUGGAAGAUGGGAAGAGAGAUGGAGGACUGGGUGGAAAGACGGAAGAUGCGACUUCUAG